UGUGAGGAAGGAGCUCAGAAGAGGCAAGAAAAGGAGCCAGGCAUGGCUCUUCCUCAGGGACGCCUGACCUUCAGGGAUGUGGCUAUAGAAUUCUCUUUGGUGGAGUGGAAAUGCCUGACCCCUGCACAGAGGGCUUUAUACCGGGAAGUGAUGUUGGAGAACUACAGGAACCUGGAGUCUGUGGAUAUCUCUUCCAAAUGCAUGAUGAAGAAGUUCUCAUUAACAGCACAGGGCAAUACAGAAAUGUUGCACACGGGGAGAUUGGAAGCACAUGAAAGUCAUCACAUUGGAGACUUUUGCUUCCAGGAAAUUGAGAAAGAUACUUAUGACUUUGAGUUUCAGUGGGAAAAAGAGGAGAGAAAUAGCCAUGAAACUCCUAUGACAAAAAUAAGAAAGUUGACUAGUAGUAUAGAGCGAUAUGAUCAAAGGCAUGCUGGAAACAAGCCUAUUAAAGAUGAGCUUGGAUUAAGCUUUCAUUCACAUCUCGCUGAAAUGCGCAUAUUUCAGACUGAAGGGAAAAUUGAUAAUCAAGUAGAGAAGUCUAGCAACGAUGCUUCCUCAGUUUUAACAUCCCAAAGAAUUUCUUGUGUGCCCCAACCCCAUAUUUCUAAUAACUAUGAAAAUAAUUUCCUCCAUUCUUCACUAGUCAUACAGCAACAGAAAGUACACAUGAGAGAAAAAUCUUUCCCAUGUAAUGAGAGUGGCAAAGCAUUUAAUUGUAGCUCACUGUUAGGGAAGCAUCAGAUAAUCCACUUAGGAGAGAUACAGUAUGAAUGUGAUGUAUGUGGAAAAGUCUUUAAUUGGAAGCAAUACCUUGCAUGCCAUGGUCGAUAUCACACUGGUGAGAAACCUUACAAGUGUAAUGAGUGUGGCAUGAACUUCAGUCGGCAGUCAAUCCUUACACAUCAUUGUACACUUCAUACUGUAGAGAAACCUUCCAAGUGUAAUGAAUGUGGCAGUACCUUUGGUCGACAUUCAGCCCUUGUAAUUCCUAAGGCAAUUUAUACAGGACAGAAAUCUUACAAGUGUAAUGAAUGUGGCAAGGCUUUUAAUCAACCAUCAAACCUUGCAAGUCAUCAUAGACUUCAUACUGGAGAGAAACCUUACAAAUGUGAAGAAUGUAAGAAAGAUUUUACUUGGAAAUCAGACCUUAAAAGACAUUGGAAAAUUCAUGGAGAGAAAUCAUACAAAUGUGAGGUCUGUGAGAAGGCUUUCAGGCGUCAUUCACACCUGUCACAACAUACUAGAACUCACACUAGAGAGAAACCUUACAAGUGUAAUGAAUGUGGCAAGUUUUUUAAUCAACAAUCAAACCUUUCAAGUCAUCUUCGAGUUCAUACUGGAGAGAAACCUUACAAAUGUGAAGAAUGUGACAAAGUUUUCAGAUGGAAAUCAGACCUUGAAAGACAUAAAAGAAUUCAUACUGGCGAGUCACCAUACAAAUGUAAGGUUUGUGAGAAGGCUUUCAGGCGUGGUUCACACCUGGCACAACAUACUAGAAUUCACACUGGAGAGAAACCUUACAAGUGUAAUGAAUGUGGCAAAACCUUCAGUCAAAUGUCGUCGCUUGUAUUCCAUCGUAGACUUCAUACUGGAGAGAAACCUUAG